AAUUGAGCCAGGAGGGGAGGGCAGUCGGCACAUCUAGAAACGUUAAUUUUCUAAGUGCCGAGUUUUCUGCUUCCAAGGGGAGGGUUUUACCCAGAAGGAGUCUUCUGCCCUUCUGUGGGUGGUAGGCAAGUUCCUGAGCUCCAAGCAGCAGGUCUCAGGACCCUGCUGCAAAGGGAAGGAGCUGAGUGCAGAGGCGAGGGCUUUGCCAAGGAGCUGUUUGCCUGGGAAAUGGAUAACGUCCUGCAGGUGGGCUCGGACCUCUUCCCCAACAUCUCCACCAACACCUCAGAGCCCAACCAAUUCGUGCAGCCAGCCUGGCAAAUUGUGCUCUGGGCGGCUGCCUACACGGUCAUCGUGGUGACUUCGGUGGUGGGCAACGUGGUGGUGAUGUGGAUCAUCUUGGCCCACAAGAGAAUGAGAACCGUGACCAACUAUUUCCUUGUGAACCUGGCCUUCGCGGAGGCUUCCAUGGCUGCCUUCAACACGGUGGUGAACUUCACCUAUGCUGUCCACAACGAGUGGUACUAUGGGCUGUUCUACUGCAAAUUCCACAACUUCUUCCCCAUCGCUGCAGUCUUUGCCAGUAUCUACUCCAUGACAGCUGUAGCCUUUGAUAGGUACAUGGCCAUCAUCCAUCCCCUCCAGCCACGGCUGUCAGCCACCGCCACCAAAGUGGUUAUCUGCGUCAUUUGGGUCCUGGCCCUCCUGCUGGCCUUCCCCCAGGGCUACUACUCCACCACGGAGACGAUGCCCAGCAGAGUUGUGUGUAUGAUCGAGUGGCCAGAGCAUCCCGACAAGAUUUACGAGAAAGUGUACCACAUCUGCGUGACUGUGCUCAUCUACUUCCUGCCCCUGCUGGUGAUCGGCUAUGCGUACACUGUGGUGGGCAUCACACUGUGGGCCAGCGAGAUUCCCGGCGACUCCUCCGACCGUUACCACGAGCAAGUCUCUGCCAAGCGCAAGGUGGUCAAAAUGAUGAUCGUCGUGGUAUGCACCUUUGCCAUCUGCUGGCUGCCCUUCCAUAUCUUCUUCCUCCUGCCCUAUAUCAACCCAGAUCUCUACCUGAAGAAGUUUAUCCAGCAGGUCUACCUGGCCAUCAUGUGGCUGGCCAUGAGCUCCACCAUGUACAACCCUAUCAUCUACUGCUGCCUCAAUGACAGGUUCCGCCUGGGCUUCAAGCAUGCCUUCCGGUGCUGCCCCUUCAUCAGUGCCGGAGACUAUGAAGGUCUUGAAAUGAAGUCCACCCGGUACCUGCAGACCCAGGGCAGCGUGUAUAAAGUCAGUCGCCUGGAGACCACUAUCUCCACAGUGGUGGGGACCCAUGAGGAAGAGGCAGAUGAAGGCACCAAGGCUACUCCCUCAUCCCUUGAUCUGACCUCCAAUGGGUCUUCUCGCAGCAACUCCAAGACUAUGACUGAGAGCUUCAGCUUCUACUCCAACAUGCUGUCCUAGACCCCAGGCGCUUCAUCAGGGACAGCCACCACCACCUUCAUUCUGCUUCAUUCACCCAUGGAUGUACCUCCCUGAGCUGCAGACCCUCCAAAGCACCCUAAUAUUGGAACCUGGGGAAAGGAUGCAACUGGUGUAGGGAAAAUAAUCCAUCUUGAAUCAA